UGUGGGUUUUAUUUAAAUAUUCUUCUCCCACGUUCCUUACACAUUGAAGAUCAGUAAUGUUGCCUGCCACAAACAAAAUCAAAGGAGUUCCUCCAAAAAAAUGGUUCCUCUCUUUAUCAACUGAUAAACUAUUGAAAGUCAUCAGACCUUUCUAAAUAUUUAAAACUAGAUGUGUUUAAUUGUUUAGAAAAGUGUGUAGUGUUAGAAAAAUAUUCCAUACCUGACAAAUUAAGAAAGAUUGUUAACAAUAAUAUAAAGAAGUGGGAAUCAAUUACUGAAGAAGAAGCAGUUUUGGUAGAUUCUAUUAGGAAAUGCAUGAAUCAUGACAUCAAUUCCAAUUCAUAUAGUGUGUACUUUAGUUUUUUAUUGUACUGUGAAGAAAUUCAAUUGGAACAGGAUAUUAAAAAGUACAGCAUGACCAAUUCAACAAUGACAUACCUUCGCGAAGAUAAAGUAUUUUCAGUUGAGGUGCCUGGUUUAAUGGAAAAUAAACCAUCUAUUGUAAAAGGUAAUUCUAUAUAUGUACGAUCAAGUAAUAAUGACCAGAAUCCAAUUACAGAGUAUGAAGGACGUGUUCGUGAAAUAAAUCAAAAUACAGUUUUAUUAAAAUUUUCAAAAAAGAUACAUGAAACAUUUAUGGAUGGAAUGAGAUUUGAUAUCAGAUUUUCAUAUAAUAAAAAUAAUUUGCAAUUAAUGCAUCGUGCAUUGAAAAUUUAUAAUCUAGUUGAUAUUUCUCCUUUAUUAUUUCCAACUGCAGAAACUGCUGCUAAGUAUCAGUUGCGAUCUGUGAGAGAAUUUGUUUUUUUUAAUAAGGACAUAGAAAGUAAUCCUGAACAAGCAACUGCAGUAGAACAGAUUGUUCUUGGCAGUUCAUAUCCUGCUCCAUAUUUGCUCUUUGGCCCUCCUGGAACUGGAAAAACAGUUACGCUUGUAGAAGCUAUUAAACAGUUAUGGAAACUAGAUGAAAAUACAAAGAUUCUAGUCUGUGCACCUGCAAAUAGUGCUGCUGAUCUGAUUACAGAAAGGAUAAUAAAACAUGUUCCACUGUGCCAAGUUUUUCGUAUGUAUGCAUCUUCUAGGUCUUUGAAACUAAUUCCUGACAAGCUUAAAGAAUGUAGUAACAUUGAUUAUACAACUAGGAAGAUUUUUUACCCUUCCUGUACAUCUCUAAUGCAGUAUCGAAUUAUAGUGACAACACUUGUCACAGCAGGAAGAUUAUUAUCUGCUGCUGUUCCCUGCAAUCAUUUCACUCAUAUAUUUAUUGACGAAGCUGGAAAUUCUUCUGAACCAGAAACAAUUAUUCCAAUAUCUGGCUUAAUAAAGAGUUCAAUUGAUAAUCCUAAAGGUAGUCACCUGAUUCUUGCAGGAGAUCCAAAACAGUUAGGACCUGUUGUGAUAUCAAAAUUAGCCACUAAAUAUGGUUUGGGUUUGUCACUUUUGGAACGCCUGAUGAAUAUAGAACAAGUGUAUGGACGUAAAGAAAAUGUGUACAACAAACAAGUACUUACAAAAUUAUUAAAAAAUUAUCGAAGUCAUCCAUCCAUAUUGAAACUUCCAAAUGAGUUGUUUUACGACAACGAAUUGCAGGCAUGUGCAGACAAAACUGUGUGCGAUUUAUUCUGCAAUUGGACGUAUUUACCAUCAAAAGGUUUCCCAAUUAUAUUUCAUGGUGUCAUCAGUCAAGAUAAGAGAGAGCCAAACAGUCCGUCGUAUUUUAAUCCCGAAGAAAUUUCAGUUGUUAUGGAUUACAUUGAAAAGUUACUCGAGUCUACAGGAGAUCUUAAUUUGUCUCCAAAAGAUAUAGGAAUUAUAUCACCUUAUAGGAAACAGGUUGAUAAAAUCAAAAACGAACUGAAAUUAAAUGCAAGCUGUGAUGAUAUUUCUGUUGGAUCCGUGGAAGAAUUUCAAGGGCAAGAAAGGAAAGCAAUCAUCAUUUCCACCGUCCGCAGCAAUUCCGAUCUUGCCAAAAAUCAUAAAUUUAAACUUGGAUUUCUGAAAGAACCUAAAAGAUUCAAUGUAGCAGUAACAAGAGCAAAAGCACUAUUAAUAAUCGUCGGUAACCCUUUCAACUUAUCAAAGGAUAAAAAUUGGAACAGGUUAUUGGAAUAUUGUUGUGACAAUCAAAGCUAUUGUGGUGCUCCUUAUGACAACAACAACAACAGCAAUGAAAUUGAUAAUCUUAUAGAAAAGAUGUCACAUUUGAGAAUUGAUGAAGGGGAGCAAAGGAAAGAAGUUAAUGAGGAAGAAGAGGAAAAAUAAAUGUUAAUGUUUAGAAGAUGCAAAAUAGAGAAAAGAUGCAUGAUAUUUUUGUAAAAUAUGCACAGAUGUGUUAAAUUAUUCACAUAUUUUGUGUAUAUUAGUUUACUCUGCAGACAGCAGAGUAAACUAAUAUACACAAAAUAUGUGAAUAAUUUUUGUAGUGGACACUGCU